AUGGCCGUCUGGGAAACCGACGAUGAGUACACAACUGGCCUCGGGGCUGGUUCGCUGCCCACGCCUCAGAGCGGUACCCCGUUCAAGACCCCGUCCGGGGCCUCGAAGCAGUCGAGCCGUCACCGCUCAGUCACUCCGCCCGGCAGUGGCGCCUCUCCCACGCCAAUGUCGACUGACAGAAGUGAGAAGCGAUUGUCGAGGGACGUGACGACCGACGAAAGCAUCAGCAUUCUCGACCCGCGGAGAUUUACGCCGACUUUGCAUGCCAACCUCGUCUCCGAGAUCUUGGCGCUGAGGCGGGACCAGGAGGAGAAGACAAAACAGAUCGAGAGCCUCGAGUCUACCUUGCACACUGUGAGAGAGGAGCAUGACCGGCUCCAGGUGAACCUGACAGACACGACCAAGGAAAGCCGCUCACUGCAACGCCAACUGUCCUUGCUGGAAGGGGGAACGUCGUCGGCGCUGGGCGAACUCGCACGAGAGCGCGACGACGCCGUUGAGUCGAUUACCGAGGCCAAGAAGCGCCUCGACUCUGCGCAGCGCAAGAUUCGAAGUCAAGAGGAUGACUCUCAGCGGGUUCACGACCAGUGGGCACAGGAGAAGGAGGCAUGGGAAAACGAGAAGCGCAAGUACGAGCGCCGAGUCCACAUUGCCGAGAGCCGCCUGAAAGUGGUGCUCGACGAGGUUGCCGCAUUCCAGGCCUCGCACAUGAACGGCGGACACAAUGGUGCGAGCCAGGCUCAUGAUAGCGACGCCGAGGAGAGCGGCAGGGAGAACGACGUCGGCAGCGUCAGGACGAUGAGCCUGACGAACAGCAUUCGGCAUUCCCUCUUGAACACAUCUGGCGCCGGACUGCUACAGAACGGCCACUCCUUGGCCGACGAACUGGACUUCGACGACGACACGGACAUUGAUGGCCGAGAAAGUGUCUUGUCAAAUCACUCAAGCCCUGCGAGGCACCGCCGACCCUACAGCCGUGACGGCACGCACAGCAGGAUGCACCGACGUAAUCAGAGCAACGAGAGCCUGGUGCGGCCGGGCAGCGUGGCUCGUGCGAAGCCCUUCAUUGUCGAGUCUUUGACAGAGGCAUUGGAGCCCGAGGAGGAGGACGCUGCCGAGGACACAAUCAUGGAGCAAACGACGCGUACGGCUUCAUAUGUCGACACCGGGAUCCAGUACUCACCGCCGCCGUCGCCGGCUCCCGAGGCGCCAACAGUCAAGCCAGCCACCCCUGAGCUCCCCGUCCGUGGGAAGACACCAGACGUUGACAGCCCAUCGCGAGGAGACUCCGAAAUUGAGGCGAAUCAGAGGCGUAAGCGGGUGCACGCCAGCCGGCCGCUUAUCAUCGAACCGUCCAAAAUGAACAGGAUGGUUUCGGCGGCUGCUCAGACAAUGGACGGCCCGCUGAGCCCGCCCAAGACUCCUCAAUCGCCUUACGGCGAGCUGUCCCCUUACUCGGAUGCCCCAGAAGCCGUCAUCAUGGUGUGCUCGUCAACGCAGACAGAAGAGCCGGCGCAGAUGUCCCGAGGGCUCAGCGCAACCCGUCUCAGCUCGCCGCCUCCGCCACUGGCGAUACCCAGCAUCAACAUCCAGCCCCCAACCAGCCGACCAACUACCCCUCGAUCGCCUCGGCUUCCUCAGUACUUCAAGCACUUUGGUUGCCAAGUCAAUCUGCCCGUCUCCAGCGACACGACCGAUGCGUCUGUGCAGACAGAAGGCAUCCAGACUGACAAGAGGCUGGCGUUGCUGCCGCCACACCUGCAGCCAUCCCUCAUCUCGUCACGACCAACAUCGCCUAAUGUAUCGGUCGGCUUUGAGCAAGACAAGAACUUUACCCCGGCGCCCGGUGAGAUUCCUGCGCGCAACCCUAGGAGAUCAACUCAUGGGCGAGACUCCCGCGAACCUCCCUCACCACUCUCCCGUGGCGAUGAAGAUGAGCUUCACGAUGCCUACCCUGGCCACAACGAUGAUGGUCCGCUGGCGAACCACAAGGGCGCGCCGGUGAGACGGCCUCAUCGGUUUAGCAGCCUGUUUGCUGGCUUCGAUACGGCUAGCUCGGAUGAGGCAGACGAGUUUGGCGACGCAGACCUCAGUGACUCUGAGUAUCGUACCGCCUUGUCUGCGCCUAGACCCAAGUUUAUCUCAGGCCGGCAGCCACGGCGGGGCUCGUUCGGAACGGUGACUACAUCACCGGAACAGCCCACGACCAAACAAUCUGGAGCUACCGCGAACCCGGUCAGCUCCGAGUUGUAUAGCUCCUUCAACCUCCCAGGAAAGGAGAGCGACUCGAAGAAGCAUGAGAAGAAGCUUAGUAGGACGUAUGAAAAGGCCCCUGCUCCUCCGCCGCCUGCCCCCUCUAGCCGAGCCAGCGUCAUGCGAAAGGCAGCAAUGAUUCAGAGCGGGAUUGCCAGCCAUCAGGGUCGCUCAAGAAGCCCUAGCCUUCCUGACGCGAAGAAUCCUCCCUUCCCGAUCCCGACGCGCGCGAGCUCGCGGCAGCCGCCGUUUAGUUCCAGCACGCCGAGUGAUGGGCAGAGGAGUCCGACUCGCCGGGAUUAUUGGCAUCGGAGAGGCAGCAGCCGCUCUUCGUACCAGACACACACUCUCAGAAAGGUACGCUCUGCAGCAGCCCUCCCGCGGAACCAGCGGCACCGCCGUCAGGGCAGCCGAUCCCCCCCUCCGCUGUCGCCCUCCACCGAGGCUCCCGAAAGCCCAGGACUGCCUCCCCUACCGCGCAAUGACAUCACGACACCCCGGAACAAGGGCCGCCCCAACAACAGCUGGAAGAGGCAUCGCCACGAGCUUUCGACCAACACAGACAAUACCAACAACACUGAGCCGACCACGCAGACAACUGCCUCCCAAACGCCCGGCGUGGUCGAUGCUAUUGCGCAGACUAUGGUUGGGGAGUGGAUGCUCAAAUAUGUCCGGAGGCGAAAGUCUUUUGGCAUGCCAGAGUCGACUGGCAAGGACGACUCCAGCAACGAUCGCCACAAGAGGUGGGUGUGGCUGGCUCCGUACGAAAGGGCUAUCCUCUGGAGCAGCAAACAACCAUCCUCGGGCAGCGCCCUCAUGGGCAAGACUGGACGCAAGUUAACUAUCCAAUCUGUCCUCGACGUGAAAGAUGACAACCCUGCGCCAAAGGUCAUGCCAAACGUGUUCAAUCGCUCGAUCUUGAUAUUGACCCCACAGCGAGCUUUGAAGUUCACGGCAACCUCGGCAGAGCGGCACUACCUGUGGCUUACCGCGCUGUCGUUUCUGGCACAUUCAUCUCAGGCUGUGCCUGAUAUCCCGGCUCCGCAGCCGCAGGUGAAGCAGCAUCCUCAAGCGCAGCAGCCACUACCAGAGUUUGAGAUGCCGAGAACGAGGUUCAAGCGUGGUGGAAUCAGAGACUCCAUACGCCUUGCCAAGGGCAAAACGAACGUCGGGAGAAUUGGCACCCCGAGCGUGCCCAGCAUUCCUAGCGCGCCGUCGUCACGUAUGGGCGACAUGGCGAGCUUUCGACAGCCAGACCUCUCCCCCGUGGCGUCUGGCCACAGCCGGGAGGAGUCUCAAGAUGCCGCGGAGCCACCCUUUAUCCCCCGCUUCACUGAGAGGAGCAACGGAGCGGCGACUCACGGCCGAAAGCGCAGCAACACGGGGGGCCAUGUGGCACCGCCCCUAUCGUUCCGUGGCUUUUCGGGCCCAGCGGGCACCGGAGCUCAUCACAACUCAUCCGGCAGCACGGCCAACGCCAGUGUCGGAACGGCGGGCUCGUCAGACAUUUACCAGUCGCAGGGUUCAUCGAACACGACUUGGGGCAUGAGCCACCCCGCAUCACAACGCACAUCCGAGGCAUCCUCGCGCCCGGGGGGCAACUUCUUUGACGCCAUUGGGACGGUUCGCAUGGAGGCCUUCAUCAGCCCCCUGGCAUUUUCGCAGUUCAGCGACUACCCGGACGAGCAGGAGGAAUUCCGUCAGUCCAUGCGACGGCGAAGCAAGGAGAUCCGGAGGCGAAACAGCCGCAGCCGCCACCGCGAGCAAAACGGCCAUCGUGGCGGCCGCGGGGACCACUACAGUCGAGGGAGAACCAUGGACGAGGACUACUUCAAGGAUGAUCCGUUCAAGGGCUUCUAG